AUGUCGAUGAUAAAAUGCUGCUUCGAGCCACUGGAAAUGCCCGAAUUUCUGGAUUCGUUCGUGAAAAAAUGCACCGAAGGCUGUUGUUGUGGUUGCUGUUCGGCCUUGCGGCCUCGCUACAAGCGGCUAGUGGAUAACAUCUUUCCGGCCAAUCCGGAAGAUGGAUUGGUGAAAUCGAACAUGGAAAAGCUCACCUUCUACUCGCUACGCUCCCCGGAGAAGUUGGACCGUAUCGGCGAGUAUCUGUACCAGCGUGCCUCCAAGGACAUCUACCGCAAACGCUACAAGUUCGUCGAGAUCGCGAUGGAAGCGAUGGAUUUGCUGCUGAUGGCAUGUCACGCCCAGAUACUGAAUCUGUUCGUUGAAUCGUUUCUACGCAUGGUGCAGAAGCUGCUGGAAGACACGAACCCAACGCUGCAGAUAAUGGCCACCAAUUCGUUCGUACGGUUCGCCAACAUUGAAGAGGAUACGCCGUCCUACCAUCGCCGGUAUGACUUUUUCAUCUCGAAGUUUUCCUCGAUGUGCUACGGCAACAAUGACGAUAUGGAGCUGCGUGACAGCAUCCGGAUGGCGGGAAUAAAGGGUCUGCAGGGCGUUAUCCGGAAGACAGUAUCCGAUGAUUUGGUGGCAAACAUAUGGGAAAAGCAGCACAUGGAAAAGAUUGUUCCAUCGCUACUGUUUAACAUGCAAUCGGGACCAUCGAAAUCGCCCGAUACGGAAGCAACUCCUUCGACUCCACCGUUGCUAGCGGAGGCGGUAUUGCGCGAGCUUGUUAGCAGGGCAUCGUUUGGGCACAUUAAAUCCGUGCUGAAGCCACUGUUAACUCAUCUCGAUCAUCAUAAGCUGUGGGUGCCGAACAAGUUUGCGAUCGAUACGUUCCGGAUCGUGAUGAUAUCGAUUCAACCGCAGUAUUCGUACACGGUCGUCGAAACACUCAUGUCACACCUGGACCAAAACUUAACCUCGUCCCCGAAAACGCGAACAUCGUUAGCGGUGGUCCUUUCGAAGAUUAUUGCCAUUGCAGCGGGUGAAAGUGUAGGUCCGUCGGCACUCGACAUUAUUAACAAUCUGCUGAUGCAUUUGAAGACGAGCGUUAGCACCCAGCACGAAUCCACUCCAGAGGAGACACAGUAUCAGGAAGCGCUCAUAAACGCGCUGGGCGAGUUCGCUAAUCAUCACCCCGACUAUCAGAAGAUCGAAAUAAUGCUGUUUAUCAUGAACACCGUACCGGAUCCGUCCAACAAGAGCAAAGGGGAUCAACUGUUACAGAACAUCCUUCUGAAGAGUUUGCUCAAGGUCGGCACCCAAUAUCGGACGGUUUCGUUCGAGAAAGCGUUCCCAGUAUCGUUCCUGCAGCCACUGCUCAAGAUGGCCCGGGCCGCUUCCAUACCGAUCCGUAUCAUAGUGAUGCAGAUCUUCCAGCAGCUACUCGAUCGGCAUCAAAACCAACACCUGCUGAACGUGAUCAGCGUAAGCCACUAUCCGACGCUUACCAUCGAAAGCCCGUCACGGUCGGACAUACUGUUCACGCACAAGUACGGUUCGAACAUACUGCAGGCCAUCAUCGAGAGCAUGUCGCAGGAGAACCAUCUGGAGGUGCUGAAGUCUUCGUACAAUACGAUCGCGCUGGUAAUCGUGGAAAUGGCGUGCGGUGAGACGGUGCAGGAGGUUUUGCUGUUUUUACUAGGUCUACAGCAAGUAGCCGUGACCGAGGUGGAACUUUCGCCGAAGCAUCGCUGCAAUCUGCACAGCAUUGCCAUUUCGUUGCUGAUUCUGCUCGGACGUUGUACCGGGAUCGGUUCGCUGGUCGAGUACGUUGAGAAGCUGAUCCAGGCCCGAAAGGAGGAAGCAUCUUAUCUGCUGCCACCCCUGAUGGAUAACGAUAAGAGUGCACCGAGCACUCUAAACACCAACCUGCCGCAUCUACUCAUCGACAAGCUGGCGGUGGCUGAAUGUUUGCAGCAGGCCGGGCUGGAAAGUAACCGCGUCCAGACGGGCACACCGUACGCACUCAAUCAAACAGACAUAUCCGCUCAUCGCCAUUCCUGGGUUGACACGCACAGUGCCGUCCGGAACAGUGUGGUCGAUUCUAUCUACAAUGACAUCGAAAGUGUUAGCAGUUCGCCUGGCGUACAGAAACGUUCGCUAGCGUCCGAAUACAACUUCGAAUCGAUGAAGCGCGUGCUGGCCGAACCGACGGAAGCUUCCAAGCGGGAGGCACGCGAAAAGCAGAUGGCAAUUGGGCGCACUUUCCGCGAGACGGCUUUCGAGGAUUUGGUACGCCGAACCGAACCCAAGCACGACGUCAUCCAGAACAAGCUGAACGAAAUCUUUAACGCACUGUCGGCGGAACGGCAAAUCUCGGCCACAUGCAGUGUGCAGGCCGGUUCGUUGCUCGCCUCUAAUGGUGGAUUAGGCGGGCCGACAAUGAUCGAACCGGGCAAACAUGUGGGAACCGGACAGCGGCCUAUCUACGAGAAUAACUUCCCCGAACUGUUCUUCUACUAG